GGUAGCGCUGAAAUAGAGGAUAAAAUGGCUAUGACAAACCCCAUGCCCAUGGGCCCUUGGAAGAUCACUGUGUACGAUCAGGAGUACUUCCAGGGCAGGCGUAUGGAGUUCACUGCCUGCUGCCAGAACAUCAUGGAGUGUGGGAUGGAGAACAUCCGCUCCCUGAAGGUCGAAUGCGGCGCCUGGGUGGGCUAUGAGCACUCCAGCUUCUGUGGCCAGCAGUUUGUCCUGGAGAAGGGAGACUACCCUCGCUUUGAGGCCUACAGUGGCAGUAACUCCUACCGCAUUGAGAGGAUGAUCUCCUUCAGGCCCAUCUGCUGUGCUAACCACAAGGACUCCCGCAUGACCAUCUACGAGAUGGAGAACAUGAUGGGUCGUCAGUUUGAGCUGUGUGAUGACUACCCCUCUCUGCAGGCUAUGGGCUGGAUGAACAACGAGGUUGGGUCCAUGCACAUUCAGAGCGGAGCCUUUGUGUGCUACCAGUACCCUGGCUACCGUGGCCACCAGUACAUCAUGGAGUGUGACUGUCAUGGAGGAGAGUUCAAGUGUUACCGUGAGUUUGGGUCCCACGCCCAGACUCCCCAGAUUCAGUCCAUCAGGAGGAUCCAGCACUGAGAGUGUUUCCUUUUCACUUCCUUAUCUCCUCUCCUCCUCCUCCUCUCCCUCUUCCUGUACUUCCAUCCCUCCUUCUGUUCCUCCUCUCCCCCAACCUCCAUCUCCCCGGCUCCACUGGUCCGACUAGUCAAAGCGGGAUCCCGAGCUGGUCUUCAGGUGCUUACUGAUGUCAGUUUUUCACAGCACUUUUUGUUUUUUAAAGAAACAUCACAAGAGAAAGGAAAGAUGCAAGAAAGACAGAAAAUAGGAAUGACAGAAUUGAGAGAGAAAGAAUCAGUGUGAAAGAGAGGCCUCAUCUGCCGAGGUUGGCUGCAGAGCGGUGAAAACACCUCAGAGUUUUUGCUCUUUUUCAUCUCUACCAUUGAUGGCAUCAUCAUCAUCAUCGUCGUUGUCUUCUACAUCAACAC